AUGAACCAUCGCGAGCUCAAACCGCUACUCACCGAUCUAUGGCGCUCCAGCCUGCAGCGAGAUGAGGAUGCUGAAGCGCUGCUGGACUAUGCGCUAUCUGUGGUUCGCGCCGCUUUGUUGUCGCGCAACCCGGACUACGAGAAGACUACUGCGAUCGUCGUCGCCCGCACCAUUACCAGUGACCUGAAGCUGACGCCGGUCUUCAAUGAUGAUCGCCUUUACAGCAUCUACAAAAUUGUGUUCGAACGAGCCAAUACUCCAUCACUGCAGCUGUAUGACCGAGCGUUCAAAGAGGGCUUCUUCCAUAAGAACACAAACUUCUACAUAGGAUGGUUGAAAGAGUGCGCAGUCGUUGAGGACUACGAGACUCGCGACAAGGUCGUGCGGCUGGCCAUCGCAAACGUUCCUCAAAUCAUCGACAAUGAGGAAUUUGAAUCGUACAAACAAUGCGACAAGCCGGACCUCAACCAGACCGAGGCCAUUUUCCGAAACCGUCGGCGUUCGAGCAUUAGCCAGCUUACGGCGCGAACAGCCCCGGAAGCUCCGUCGGCGGUCCCUUGCGGGCCAAAGCAACGCAUUCGCGUUCCUCCGGCGGUUCUCAACGGCAACUCGCAAGAGGAAUUUCGAAUUGCUUAUUUGGCCGACUACUUUGAAGACGACGAUAUGGACAUCAGCAUCAAUGGGGAGUCUGUUGCUGCCCCAUCUGGGAGUGCUCGUCGUCAGUCAAUGCUGAAGGAACCCGAGCUCUUCCCCAUCAUCGAAGAUGCCGAGCGUUCAAACAAUAGCCAAGAAGGAAACGUCUCGGGCCCUUCCGGGAAGCGGGCUUUCCCGAACAGUGCCGACAUGGUCCCCUCGCCGGCCCGUGCUCCAGUGGGCCCGAAGACAACUCGCCUCGAGUCGCCAAAAGUGCCGACCACGUUCUCUCAAUCACCGGGCGCCUCCUUCACUACGCGCAUCAUCCAGGCCGCGACAAACAUCUUCUGCGAUCAAGAGAGCUCGCUUGCGAACGAUGAGAAGCCCGUCCAGAAUUUGGAUGAAAACGAGGGUAGCCGUAUCCGCACACGCGCCACAUCAGACGAAUUUCGCCAACCUUUUGCCGCGAUCCGAGUACAGGAAGAGCUGGCAAAGACUCCUAGCAAGACCGCCGCCAAGAUAUCGCCAUUGGAAAAGCGCCGGAUUGAAGAAGACUUCAGCAUGGCCGCCCCGACUCGCCAGUCGCUACUCCCUGGUGAUUUGACAAUGGGAUUCGACGUCAACGAGCCGACGAUGGCCGCUCCCUGGCGCCAAAACACCGGACAGCGUUUUGUGACGACUUCAUCCCCGCUGCAAUCCGAAAAGAACCAACUGUCGGAGUCUCUCUUCAUUCGGAGGCUUGAGAAGGAAGUCGCGGGCAUCGUUGAGGAGGAAUUCAAUACUGACCCUGCGCUGCUGAUGGAGGCCCCAUCUUCUGAAGAUGACGACGACAUCCUAGGGAUUGGGACCACUCGAAAAGCACCUUACAGGCGCCGCUCGAUCUUUGCUGGUCGCACCUCUAUGGUCGGUAAGGGCUCCUCUUCGAGCAGUUUUUCGCAAAAAUCCGCGCAACCCUCAUCGCCAAAAAUGGAUGCCUUGACACAGGACGUGAAGAAGAUCCAGAUCGUCAAUACCGACGAAGUCGUUCAAGCACCAGAUGCCGACAUGACUGGCGUCGGAUUGCCAACCACGGUCACUUCGAGGAUCAAUCCAUGGUGCGCAGAAGUCCGCCGCUCGGUGAUGGCUCAGUUUCAAGCGGUCAACGUCCAUGAGAUUGAGGAAGCCUGCGUACAGCUACGCGUUGGAAGCACGAUGAAGGUGGGAGGCGAAGAGUUUGCCGUGGAGGGGCUUCUCGGGCAAGGCGGCUUUGCCAAGGUUUAUCGCGCCCGAAAUCUGGAGGAUAACGCCACUUGGGCUCUCAAGUACGAAGUUCCUUCGUGUGCUUGGGAAGCUUACAUACUGGAAGCAAUUCAUUGUCGGGCCCCGUCCACGAUUCACCCGGCGUUGAUGCAGAUCGAAGAAAUGUACAUCUUCCGCAACGCCUCGCUGCUGGUCAACGAGUACCUGCCAUACGGGAACCUCCUGCAGUGCAUCAAUCGCGUCUCUGGCGACCUGUCCUACCCGUUGACGUCGUUCUUGUUCCUGCAGCUGGCGAAGGUUGUGAAGGAAAUCCAUGCGGCCGGGAUCAUCCAUGGUGACUUGAAGCCCGACAACUUCAUGUUCAUCGCCAAGAUUCCUGAUUCCUUGAGCACGAGGGUGGACGAUUUGCUCGAAGUUUCGAACAUUUUGCGCGUGAUCGACUGGGGCCGCGCCAUCGAUUAUGCCUCCCUUCCCGAAGGAACUACUUUCCACGGCCGUGCCGGGACAAAGUGCUUCGACUGCCCAGAAAUGAUGGACGGUCGCCCUUGGACUUAUCAAACGGACUUCUUUGCGUUCGCCGCUUCCUUCUACGUAGCAUCUACUCGCACCUAUGGCAACGCAACGAACGCAUCCAAUAUCUACCGCUUCGAGAAGGCCAUUCCACGGCGUCGUCCCGAGUUUGCCCCAUUGACGGAAAUGUUCACAAUGCUUCUCAACAUCCCUUCCUGCGCCGAGAUGCCUGCAUGGGACAAAAUCAUCGAACUCCUCACAGCCGCGCUUAGGGCCGGCUUCAAUGGAACGCAAUGGGUUGAGGCAGCGAAGCGGUACAACGCAUCUAUCGAAGCUCACGAAAAGUCGAAUGCA